AUGUCCGUGAUUGUCGCUGCCUCCGUCGCCAGCCACACCACGGCCUCCGCGCCCAGGCCGCACAUCCUCUACAACGUCCAGGUCAAGACCGCCGACGGCAAGACGUCCACGGUUCCCAAGCGCUACUCUGACUUCGUCGCCCUGCACGACACGCUGAACGACCCAGGCUCCCUCCCGCCCAAGCGCAUCCUGGCCACGACCUUCGUCCCCGCCGCCUGGCUCGAUGACACUCUCAUCGCAGAGCGCAAGGCUGGACUGUCCGCCUACCUCACCGGCCUCCUCCACUCGCCCCAAUUCCGUGCGCACACGACCGUCAUCGAGUUCCUCACGCCCUCCAGCGUCUCCGCCAGCUCGCGUGACUUCAACCCAGAAGACGCGCUUCCGUCUACCCUCACGCGCAAGGCCGCACUCGAGGCGCAGGACAAGCUCUCCGCACAGGCUACGCCAAUCUACGCAGCGUACUACCCCGACUGGUCCUCCGACCAGUUCCCUCCAGCCUCUCUCGACUUCUCCAAGUUUGACAUCCUGCUCUUCGCGUUCGCCACCCCGAACUCGUCGUCCACGAUCAGUUUCGAUUCCGGAUCGACGUCGACGCUGAAGACGCUCGUCACGAGCGCCCACAACAGCGGCAAGGGCACCAAGGUCGUGCUCUCCAUCGGUGGAUGGGGUGGGAGCACGUACUUUUCGCAGGCGAUGAGCAGCUCGGCGAACCGCACGACGUUUGUGAAUGCCUGCGUCAGCGCCGUGAACACGUACAACCUCGAUGGUAUCGACAUUGAUUGGGAAUACCCCAACGAGUCCGGCGCAGGAAACCCUCACUCCAGCUCCGACGCUGCCAACCUCCUGUCGUUCUUCAAGUCGCUCCGCACCGCGCUCGGGACCUCGAAGAUCAUCUCCGCCGCCGUCACGCAGCUGCCCUGGACCGGCUCCAACGGCCAACCGCUCACGGACGUCUCUGCCUACGCAGCCCAGAUGACCUACGCGAACAUCAUGAACUACGACGUGUUUGGCGCGUCCUCCAGCCCUGGCCCGAACGCGCCCCUCGGCAACCUCUGCGGCAACUCGCAGCUCCCACAGUACUCCGCACAGGCCGCGCUCUCGCAGUGGACCGCCGCGGGCUUCCCGAAGUCGAAGCUCGUGCUCGGCCUCCCGCUGUACGGGUACGUCUCGCAGAGCUCGAAGACAACGCUGCAGCACAUCGCCCGCCCGCCCGCGGGCCUGAAGGUGCAGGAGUACAAGGAGAAGGUGCUCGGGCUGCCGCAGCGCGGGCUCGCGUGCCCACUGCCGUCCGUGCAGGACGCCGCUGGGGAGAGCGGGAGCGGGGAGAAGCCGAACAUGCUGGCUCCUUCAGGGAACCACGCUCGUGAGGGGGCGCAGAAGGCAAAGGAUGGGGAGGAGCUCAAGGCGGAGGCGGCGGGCGAUUUGAGCAGCUUCUUUGGUCAGCAGAUCGCGUUCGGCCAGCUCGUGUCGCUUGGGGCGCUCACGAAGACGUCCUCGGGCACAUACGUCGCCGCGAACGGGUACACUGAAGGCUGGGACGACUGCAGCGACACGCCGUUCCUGUUCAACACGUCGCGCAAGACGGUCGUGACGUACGACGACACGUACUCGCUCGGCGACAAGGCGCUGUUCGCGAAGCAGAACGGCAUGGCGGGCGCGUUUACGUGGUCGCUCGACCAGGACGAUGGGUACACGUUGACGAACGUCAUUCGCUCGAACCUGGGCAAGUGA